UAAAAGCUUGAAAAAUUGACGAAAUUGAGAGCUGACUCUUUUAAAGCUGACUCUGUAGUGUUUAAUUUUUUUGUGUGGACCGUUUUUAUCAAUUUUAUUUUUCAAAAUGAUUUCUGAUCAUUCAGAUGACGAGGAUAAUUCAAUUUGUGGUGUUCCUCGCUACGUACAAUUCAGUGAUUCAACGGACAAGGAAGAAACUCACAAACAGCGUGUUAUUAAUACUCUACCUUUGUAUAUAUCUAAUGAUAUAAAGAUAACAGUCAAUAUCUACGUUUUGAUCAGAGAAAUGAAGAAACCAUUACCCAUCACGAUUCGAAAAAGAGAUAACGAGAUCCUGAAAAAAGAAACAAUAUGGAAACGUGUUGACACUAAUGUUCCUGUUGAAUCAGAAAAUGUCAAACCUACGACUACUAUUGCCGGUGAACAGAUUGCUAUGGAGAAAGAAGAUUUAGCUAAUAUGAAAAACGAUGAAAUUGGUUUUCGGUUAAUUGGCUUCAAACCUAAGCCAGCUAUCAAAGUCUAUCAUUAUGUCAGUCCGGGCUAUUUUAUUUACCCCAAUGAAAGUGAAGUCAAAGGAAGUACCAAGUUAUAUAGUGCUCUUCACAAUAGAUGUUUGGCGAACGAUGUAGUUGCCAUUGUGAAAGGAGUCAUACGUAAAUCAUCAACACCUCGCUUAAUGGCUCUUGUUCCUGUUGAUGAUGAAUUUCUGCAAGGAUUUUACGUCUUUGUUUUACCUUUUGCCGAUGAUCUGCGACCAGUUGCUGUGCCUACAUUGUUUCGAUAUGAGGAUGCCAAACUUAAAAAUGCUAUGAGUGCUGUCAUAGAAAGAUUAACCAGAGUCUAUUCUCCUGACGAAAUUAAAAAUCCUGUCCUGCAGAAGUUUUGGGCUUAUAUCCAAGCUUUAGCGUCAAAUGCUAGUGACGCUAAAACGGUAACCGAUAUGACGGAUCCCGGUUUUCACUUUUGUGAUUCAACCAUUUCAAAGCUAGCAGCAGAAAUACAGAUGAGAUUGCCAAAGGAAAAUAAACCCAAAAACGAACCAGAUGUCCAUGAAUCUUGGAAGAAAGGAGAGCUUGAAAAAGUCAAAGUACAAACAAUGAAGGAUUACAUCCAAGAAAAAGGAUUAAACAUACCUACUUCGCAGCGUAAAGCUGAUUUAAUAAUCGCAUUGAGCAAAUAUUUUAAACAAUUAGAGAAAAUGUAAUUUCAAUGCUUUACUGGCGCCAUAACGCGAAUCUCAAACAUGAAUGGAAAACAAAAGUUGACUCACUUUUUUCCUGCAUAAGUUUCAAAAUUUACAUAUUUUUUCACAUUCAUUUCACAUUUGUAAAAGCAAUCUAAAUUUCAAUAUUUUUUGUUUCUAAACUGAUACUACUUAUGUUUUUUAUAAAACGAAAAUUAAUACUCAACUUUGUAGAUUUUUAUUGGA